AUGGCCCUGAAGGAGGAUGGCAGAAAGUGCCCCAGGAAGCCCAGAUUCCAAGAAGGUGAUCGUGUGCUGUGCUUCCAUGGGCCUUUCCUGUACAAAGCUGAGUGUGUGAAGGUGUCCGUAAAGUACAAGAAGGUGAAAUAUCAGGUCCGUUACUUUGGGGUUAAAGGAAGGGCUUGCGUGAAGGCCGAGGUCGCCGAGCAGCCUUGCAGUCUGCAGGCCCCUGAUGCCUGCCAGCCAAGCACCAGUCAGGCCAGCGACAAUGUGGUAGCCCUCGCUGUUGCUGGUGCUGGUGCUGGUGCUGCUGAGUGGGAGGAUGAAUGGCUUCCACAAAGCAAAUUACUCAAGUACAGCAAGGCCAAUCGGAGAAAACUACGAAAACUCAACAGAGCAAAGCAGGGGCCGCUUGCAGAAGGGACUGUGGUAGGGCCAGUUACUAGAGAAAAGGCCUCUGCUCUCCAGAGGAACAAUGAUGAAACCUCAGGUGUGACAGUGCCAAAAGUAGUCCGAAGGCCAAUUAUUCGAAUUGCACAGACUGACAGUAGUGAUGUCAAACCUGCUCGUAAAAGAGGGAGGCCGGUUACUCGAAUUGCAGAGACUGACAGUAGCGAUGUCAAACCUGCUCCUAAAAGAGGGAGGCCGGUUACUCGAAUUGCAGAGGCUGACAGUAGCGAUGUCAAACCUGCUUGUAAAAGAGGGAGGCCGGUUACUCAAAUUGCAGAGGCUGACAGUAGUGAUGUCAAACCUGCUCGUAAAAGAGGGAGGCCGGUUACUCGAAUUGCACAGACUGACAGUAGCGAUGUCAAACCUGCUGGUAGAAGGGGGAGGCCACCGGGGCGUCGGCGUAAGAGCCUGCUGCUACGUAAGAAAAAAAAGUGCAAGCUGACCUAUGCUGCUUCUAGUGACAGUGACUUUGAACCCAGUCAAGACUUUCUCACAAAAGCCGCAAUAAAAGUCCGUAUUCCUGAGGAACUGAAACCAUGGCUUUGGGAUGACUGGGACAUGGUUGUCAAACAGAACCAGCUGUUUCAUCUCCCUGCGGAGAAGAAUGUGGACUCGAUUCUAGAGGAUUACGAACAGUAUGAGAGAACCUCUGGAAAUUCGGAUCAGCAGAUGCAGGAUGUUAGGGAAUUUGUGGGAGGGAUCAAAGCCUAUUUUGAGGUUAUGCUGGGAUCUCAACUGCUGUACAGAUUUGAGAGACCCCAGUAUGCUGAAAUCCUGGCAAACCUACCUGGCGUUCCUAUGUCCCAGGUUUAUGGAGCACCCCAUCUCUUGAGAUUACUUGUAAAAAUGGAAGAAAUGUUGUCCUAUACGCCUCUGGAAAAGCACGAUUUGGCUUUAUUGUUACAGCACUUGCAUGCUUUCUUACACUACUUAGCAAGUAAUUUUUCACUUUUGUUCAGUCCCAACGACUAUGACGUUACUACUCCUGAGUAUUAUCGUAGAGCUUUUAAUUUAAUUUAA